AUGGCGCCUUCAGCAGGGCACCUGCUGCUUCCUAAAAUAUGGAGAGUAGCAAGGUUUGCCUACGCAAAAGCCUCCAAGGCUAUACGUUCCAAACUACCAGAGACUACACAAUAUCAUCCGGUGCGAUACCAACCAGCCUAUGCCCGAAUCAAUCCUAGCCAGCCAAUCAGCCGUGCCGCUGCUAUCCGUCAAGCCCGCAGUCGCCACUUCUCGACCCGUGCGGCCGGCGCCUUCGCCUCUACGAUUCGAUCUGGACUAGGAGCCGAUGCCGCUGCUGCUACCCGGAAUACCUCUCGCGUUGCGGCGAAUAUCAGUCGACUCAGCAGCCGUGCACCUUUCGCGUCUACUCUUCGUCCCAAUCUGACCGGUGGCACCCUUGGUCGGACUGCAGGAGGGUAUGCUGCUGGAGCUGGCCGUUUUGGCGGAGCUAGAUACUUUUCACAUGGGCCUGCCGCACCUGCGCAAGUUAUUCAGAAUGUAUCGCAGGGUGUCCGUGCCUUCUUUCUGUCUGGGCAGAAAGUCCGCUUCGACGGCAUCGAUCCCCGCACUGGAGAGAAGCGGUAUAAGGCAGUCAGCACGCUACAGGACCAGGCGGAGCGGAAGAUGAAUGCCAACGUGCAUACCACCCCUGGCUCGUUCAUUGACUUCCAAGUUUCCCCCACCAUCACUGCCCUCGGUGGUCUUGGUAAGCAGGACCGUUCUGCCUCGUGUGACUCUCUGAACUCUGAGGGUCUCAUGGAUCUGCUUUCUGCCGAUUUUGCCCGUGCUUUGAAAGAUUUCUCCGCAGUCAUGAAUGACCUCAAACGUCUCUCAUCACUUGGUGAUCUUCCGAUCUCUCUUCACGACCGAUCAACGAUCCGGGUGCGGUUCCCCGGCUGUGAUGUAGAAACUGUCGAGCAGCUGUGUUGUGAGGUUGGGAUUCAGCGAGGCCUAGUCGCCCAGGAUGAGGAUUUUGAUAUUCGCACUGGCGCUGAUUUGGCUCUUUUGUUUCCCUUCGCACCGAGCAUCGCCACUUCCUCCGACACAGACUAUUACUUUGAAAAAGCCCCAAAGUUGCACCCUCAGUAUCCAGCGGAUCUUGACUGGCAAGGGAUGAUGACACCAGAAAGCCGCACGCCAUCAUCUCCAGGUGGCAGUCGGGAUUCGGGUAAUGCCAUCAGCUUCGAAGAUAGUGAGCUAUUUGGUGCCAAUCCAUGGAAAUCUUCGACCAAGAGCUACUCUAGUAUCAACAUCAGUGAGCUUGGAGAUCAGCCUUUCUUCCCCGAAGUCUCCAGCGCUGGCGAACCAGAGAGCAACUCUGCGUACGAAGGUGUGGAGGGAAUUUACAAGUUCUUAGCUGAGUGUGAUCAAGCUAAGCGUUGA